AUGGGCAAUACAAACACAAAGGAAUCUCGCUCCGAUUAUCCCGAGGAUGGCCGGGGGCGGCGAUUCGACAUGGGAGAUUCCUCUCGCGGUGUCUUGGGCGAUCCACGUCUCCAGCUAAUGAGAUCGGAGCGAGGCUUUCUUAGCCUAGGAGCGGCUUCUGGGUCCCGAAGUAGAGAUCGCCCAGAUGCCCCGUUCGAACAUCGCGAGACAAAACAAGAGCGAGAAGCACGGAAGCUCGAACAGGAACACGUUGACGGAGGUUAUCUCGUCACCAUGGGAACCUAUGUUGGGACUGAGGAUUUCAACAAGGCUGUUGUCAGACAGCUGCAGAUUGAGCGAAAAAUGGCCCCCUUCUGGCGUGGCCUCAAUGACUGGUCUGAUAACUGGGCUGAGCACCAGCUUAUUGCGGCGGCCCGUGGCCUACCUAUCCCCGCGGCCGAUGCGCCUCCUGACCCUGACUUGAUACCUCGCCUGCCACCACCGCCUGACUCUCUUCCCACCCAGAAUCUAAGCAGUUUGACGGUGGAGAUGGGACCUAGGACUCUCUCAACUGCUUCAGAUCGUAGCGGGUCAGGAAGUGGCUCCGCGUUGCCCUCCCCAUCGACGGCCGGUCCCUCCAGGGGAUCUAUAAAGCCAAGGGCGAGGGCAUUGGCGGCGGCCUUGAGCGUGGGCUCUCGAAAUACGUCUUCGACUGACUUGACACCCAAGGAGAUCAACCUUCCCCAUGACCCAUUUGUCAAUGGCCAGCCGAUUGAGGUUUUCCUUUACAAGGAUGCCUCUGAAUGUCCCAUUUGUUUCUUGACAUACCCUCCUUAUCUCAACCACACAAGAUGCUGUGACCAGCCGAUAUGUAGCGAAUGCUUUGUACAGAUCAAGCGAGCCGAUCCACACCUUCCUGAGCACCACCCCGAUGGCCAAGCGCGGGAUCCGAACGAGGGCCUCUCUGCCGAAGACCCCCCCGAAAUGCUAAUAUCAGAGCCUUCAGCAUGCCCCUAUUGCCAACAACCCGAGUUCGGUGUCACAUACGAACCGCCUCCAUUUCGACGCGGGCUGACCUUUUCUUCGUCCAACAUUGCUUCAAACACUGCCAUGUCUUCUCAGAGCUCACUCAACUCUACAUUGGCGCCUGCUCCUGUAGCAGGACGGAGAAGGGCACAUAGCUUGUCGGCCAAUGCACCCAAUGUCAUCACUACUGACCGUGUCCGACCGGAUUGGGCCACGAAACUGGCCACCGCGCGUGCUCACCAAGCACGCCGUGCCGCUGCAGCCACCGCUCUCCACACCGCAGCCUUUUUGAUAGGAGGCAAUGAGUCUCGGCCAAGGAUACGUACGAGUAGGUUUAGCCGGAGGAAUACGAGCACGAACAGUGGCGGUACCACCACUCCCGGAGGACACAGCGGUGGUGCAACCGAUACGGCAGAAGGUCAGGAGCCACCUGAACGAAGUUCGAGCCGGAAUCCAGAUGGCACGCGUCGUACUCGAAUGGAGGAGCUUGAGGAAAUGAUGUUUAUGGAAGCGAUUCGUCUGUCACUCGCAGCGGAGGAGGAGCGGAAACGCAAAGUAGAGAAGGCUCUUCAGAAGGAUGCCAAGAAGCGUGAAAAGGAACGUGAAAAGGCGGAGCGUAAAGCUCUUAAAAAGGCAGCCAAGGAUCCUUAUGCGGGCGGCAUCAGCGGAGCCAGUGGAAGCAGUCUUUCCUUGGGCCUGGGUCGCAAGCGAGGAAAUAGUGCAGCCAGCAACUUGCGACUUGAACUCACUCUGCAGUCGAAUUCACCAUCGGCCUCGCAGUCGAGCAGAGCAGCGGAAUCUCCGAAUCAAGAGACUAAAGCGGAGAGCCCUGGCGACAAGGGUAAAGGGGUUGAACGCGAGCCUCAGCCGGGCGCAACAGAAACGACCUCCACAGGGUCACUACCUAUUCCUACUUCGAGCAGCCGUGGAGGAUCCCAUUUGCGGCAGAUGAGCAACGCAUCCUCGCUCGGCUCGUCGGUGGGAGACAGCCCAUCGGGCAGCCUCACUGAUCAGGGGCUUGAAAGCGAGCCCAUGUUUAAUUUUAGCAGCCUAGCUGAGAUUGUCCCAGAGGAGGAGAAGGAGGAUGAGGGCAACGUUGAGCAUGUAGAGAGAGCUCUCAAGAUCGAAACAUCGGGCAUGAGCAAUGACACGGUUUUCAGUACCAGCGAGGCAGAGAGCAGCUUACGGGAUGCACCACCUUUUCUCGACACGCCAGAGUUGACCAUUACUCCGGAGACCCCAAUUGUUGAAGAUGGUGGACCAGAGGAUAAGCGCCUAGGAGAGUCCCAUGUGUCCGAACAUCAUUCAACUACUCAGGCUUUGCAUUGA